CGCUCUUUGGCGGCCUGUUCGGCAGCGGCAGCCGCGGCGCCUCCGCCGUGUGCGCCAAGCCGGCGCAGCAGGCGCUGCAGGGCCCUGGCAGCGCAGGCGGCAGCUGUGUCGCUGCCGAGUUCGCCGCCCCUUGCGGUGCUGCGGCGCCGGAGGCGGAGCAGGAGGAGUCGUGCUGCGACGACGGCGCGGAUGAGAUGGAGGCCGGCGACUGCGACGCUGGCUUUAGCGUGCCGGCGAUGAAGGAGUCAGUGGCGCGGCGCUCGCGCUCCUGCUCCGCGUCGCCGCCGGCCGCUGCCGCGGCGCCGGCGGAGCGCCAGCUGCGUGGCUCCGAGCUCCUGGCUUUCCUGAACCUCAAGCGCACCACGCAGGGCUACUGGGCCGCCGGCCCCGAGCUGGCGGCGGCGCUGGGCGUGCCGGUUGUGGACCUGACAUCCGCUGCGGGUGCUGCCGGCAGCGGCGGCAGCACCGCAGCAGUGCUGCGCCCCGCCGGUCUGACCGACGACGCCUGGGCGACUGUGGUCGUGCUGGCUGUGCUGCGGCGCUGCCUGGCGGCUCAGCGGGAGGUGUGGGCGGACAUGGAGGCCAAGGCGCUGGCAUGGCUGGCGGCGGCAUGGCCGGAGGGCGGCCGCAGCGUGGGAAGCACCGUCAUGGCUCUGGCAAAGGCGCUGACGGUGGAGGCUUGAGCAGGCAGGCGUUUAGGGUGCAUUGUCGUGCGCCCUAAUGUAUGUGUCGGUGUGUCACUGCCGCAUAUGGUAUGCGGCUGUGGCUGAAAGAGUUGCCUUUUCACAUUGCAUUCUUUAUUUUUGAUUACAAAUAAGAGGCACAUAGACAGCUCUGUCCGCACGCUGCAGCGUAUUGUUGUUUUACUGAGGAUAUCAGGUGGCUUAGGGCAAGGUCGAGCUCUUGCUGUGUGCAUGUGUAUUUGUGUGUCCGUGUGUGUGCCCGUGUCUGUGUGUGUGUGUGUGUGUGUGUGUGUGUGUGUGUGUGUGUGUGUGUGUGUGUGUGUGUGUGUGUGUGUGUGUGUGUGUGUGUGUGUGUGUGUGUGUGCGUGUGUGUGUGUGUGUGUGUGUGUGUGUGCGUGUGUGUGUGUGUGUGUGUGUGCGUGUGUGUUAGGAAACACGAGAUGUGUAAGUGUAUGUGUGUGUGUGUCAAAGAGCACAAGGAAAGCAAAGUAUGUGUGCGUGUGGUUAGAAGUUUGUGUGCACGGUCUAGCGUGCACUCGUGUAGCCGCGUGGUGUCGGCGAGUGCACAGUGUAGGACAGUGCACCAUGUGUUGUGGCCGGUCGCUGAGAGCAUUGCGCUUGUACAUACGAUAUGUGUGCAGAACCGGACAUAUGAUUGCUGCUGAUUGCUCCCCAUCAAUGAAGGCACGAGCUGAACAAGUGGAUAAGCAGUACAUGAUGUAUUGAUGUUGCCGUAAGAGCGAACGGGAACAGGGCACUUGAUACGGUAUCCCGGAAGGAGAUGCCGCCCUGUAAAAUCCAUGGUUA